UAAUAAUUCAUAAUGAAAGAUUGAGCACAAUGGUCAACGUAGGCGGCCAACUAAAAAUCUAAUUGUCCGAAGAACUUCCGUUUCUUUUGACACCCAUCAAGGAACAAAAAAAUCAGAUGGAACAAUCCAAGGCCGUGGAAUUUCCGCUCGUCGCUCUCCGGCCGUUCGUUCUCGCCGACGCCGACUCCCUGAUGACGUGGGCUUCCGACGCCCGCGUCACCCUCUUCCAGCGCCGCCACCCCCUCACCGCCGUCGACGACGCCCGCCGCUACAUCGCCGACCACAUCCUCCCCCACCCCUUCUACCGCGCCAUCUGCCUCGGCGCCAGCGGGCGCCCCGUCGGCUCCAUCUCGGUCCAGCGGUCCAACGAGCCCCACCGGGCCUCCGUGGGCUACCGCGUGGCCCACGAUUUCUGGGGCCGCGGGAUCGCCACGGCCGCGCUCAGGGCGGUGACGCCGGCCGUGUUCGAGGCCUGGCCGGAGCUGGAAAGGCUGGAGGCGGUGGCGGACGUGGAGAACCCGGCGUCUCAGCGGGUGCUGGAGAAGGCCGGGUUCCACAGGGAGGGCGUGUUGCGGAAGUACGUGAUGUUGAAGGGCGAGAGCAGGGACAUGGUGAUGUACAGCUUCUUGGCUAGCGAUCUCUCCAAGCUCUGCUCUGAUGCCAGAGUGAAAUGAAUCAUGCACCUGGAACAUUAUAGAAUUUUAUUCGGUUUGGCGAAUAAAAUCUUAUUGACUUUCGUGUUCGUCCUUGAUUUGGGAACAAUCACUAGACAUUUUACACUCU